AUGAUUAGAGAAGAAGAAGUUACUCCAAAAUUUACAUUCAAAUUCCUACUAGUUGGUGAUUCUAAUGUUGGAAAAACUUCUCUAGUUCACAGAUUUUGCAGAGAUGAUUUCGAUGAGUGCAUGACUUCAACAAUUUCUGUUGAAUUUAUGACAUCGAUCUUAAAAAUAGAUCAAACACCAAUCAAACUACAAAUAUGGGAUACAGCAGGCCAAGAAGAAUAUAAGUCUCUCGGAAAAGCAUACUAUAGAAAUGCUGUAGGAGUUCUUCUUUGUUUUAGCUUAACCAGCCAAGACUCUUUUUCUCACAUAGAAGAAUGGUAUCAAGAUGUGAGAAAACUUUGUAAUCCUAACGCUAGAAUUGUUUUAGUUGGUACCAAAUGCGACCUUGUAAAAGAAAAGAAAGUAGCAGAUUCGGAAGCCAAGCAAUUUGCGCAAGUUCAUGAUAUCGAAUAUAUGGAAACAUCUUCAAAAACUAAUACAAAUGUUCAAGACUUAUUUUAUACCAUGACACAAGAUGUUUUGAAGCUUGUUUUACACGGAGAAAUUGACUGCAGAGAGGCAAUGCAGGCUUCUGUCCUCAACAACAAACAAACACAACCAAAACGACGCUUUUGUUAA